AUAAAAGGGGUGUCAGGGUAAGAUGGUGGUUUGGUGUCGAUGAUAAAUUAAAAAUUCCACUUUUUUGUUUUUCAGUUCAGUUCAAUAACAUCACGGCUGCUUGAUUAAGCCAGGCAAUUCCGUUAAUUGAAUUUGGCCCAAUUGUCGACAUCUGCUGUCGACAGAGUGGAUCCUCCACCCUCCACGCACAAGGUCGUGCUCCCAUCCUCCAGCAGCCGCCGAAUAACCAAGUCUCUUAUAACCUUAAUAAGCUUCGUUUGGUAUGUAUAAACCCUAGAAAAUCAACACGAGUGCGUUAAUAAGCUCCUCUUGCUGUCGUUUCUUUAAUGGCGUCUACCAGCCGUCUUCAGCCGUCUUCUUUGGCACACCGGAGGCAUGGCGGCGCACUGAAGCUGCAUCCCGCAUCCUGCACAUCCUACAUCCUAAACACGCAUCGCUCAGGUUUCCAGCGCAUGUUUACUCCGUCUUCUCCCUAAUGUCCUUUAAUGCGCUUCCUCUUAUUCAAUUUGUACCAGUUAUUCUGCUGGAGAUGUCAUGCUAAAUCAAGAUCAGGGGAAGAUUUGACACUGCUGGACGGCGGCACGAGAGGCAAACGGAAGCAGAUCGAUUUCGAUUUAUUAAUAAUACGGAAUCGUCGUGAGCACUUAAGACUGUUUGUGGUGUCUGAUCGGUGAUCCCCCGGUGCAUCCGUGUACCAUGUCCCCGCCAGGCUCGGCUGCGACAGGCAGUGAGAGCAGCACUGCGACCGCGGUAGAGGAGGAGACAGACAGCCCGAGAGAGGAGCAAAGGCCUCUGAAACAGUCACUGAGCAAGUCCCUGUGCAGAGAAGUGUUCUGGAAAUGCCUCUUGCUCUCCAUGCUCAUGUACGGGUGCAUGGGAGCCAUGGUGUGGUGCCAUGUUACCAAGGUCACCCGGCUAAGCUUCGACAGUGCCUACAAAGGGAAGUCUAUGAUAUACCAUGACAGUCCGUGCUCUGAUGGUUACAUUUAUAUCCCCUUAGCAUUCCUUGUCAUGCUCUAUGUGGUUUACUUGGUGGAGUGCUGGCACUGUCAUGCAAGGAACGAGCUACAGUACAAAGUGGAUGUAGAGGGAAUCUAUGAAAGGGUGCAGAGGAUGCAACAGGCCAAGCCCUGUAUUUGGUGGAAAGCCAUCAGCUACCAUUAUGUCCGGCGAACACGACAAGUAACACGCUACCGCAACGGUGAUGCCUACACCACCACUCAGGUGUAUCAUGAGAGAGUGAACACACAUGUGGCUGAAGCAGAAUUUGACUAUGGCCACUGUGGCGUGAAGGAUGUUUCCAAGCAAUUAGUUGGCCUGGAUAAAUCACCUAUCACCAAAUUAAGGUUCACUAAGUGCUUUAGCUUUGCUAACGUGGAGUCUGAGAACUCCUACCUUACUCAGCGGGCCAGAUUCUUUACUGACAAUGAAGGUCUUGAUGAUUAUAUGGAGGCCCGGGAGGGAAUGCACCUGAAGAAUGUAGACUUCAAAGAGUACAUGAUUGCCUUCUCAAAUCCAGACAACCACCCCUGGUACAUCUCUAACUAUGUCUUCUGGACAGCUGCCUUCCUCACAUUCUCUUGGCCUUUGAGGGUGCUGACAGAGUACCGCACAGCUUACGUCCACUACCGUGUGGAGAAGCUCUUCGGAACAGACUACAUUCCAAUGACACCAUGUGAAGAGCAUCCAUACUGCAGACGCAUUCCCAGGGUCAAUACCAUUGACAGCACUGAGCUAGAAUGGCACAUCCGCUCCAACCAACAGCUUGUGCCCAGUUACUCAGAGGCGGGUCUGAUGGAUCUAGCCCAGCGCUCAGGAGGUUACAGGCAGAACUGUGAGCGCUGCCACCGAGCCAUCAGCAGCUCUUCAGUCUUCUCCCGUAGUGCUCUGAGCAUCUGCAAUGCAAGCCCUCGCCUUCCCUUUAGCAGCAGCCGCUUCUCACUGGGCCGCCUGUAUGGCUCACGCCGCAGCUGCUUCUGGAGGAGCGGCAGCCUGGAUGAGCCCGAGAGCCCCAGCGAGAACACGCGCUGCCUCUCCGGACAUAUCACCACAACUGAGGAUGACCCUCCAGCCUACCAAGAUGCGCUCUACUUCCCAGUUCUCAUUGUCCACUGCAGUGAGAGCUGCCCCAAUCACCGCUCUUUCCACAGAAACAGCUCAUGUGUAGAGACCUCCUUAUGAGGCUCACCGAUGCACCGUUGAGGGAUAGUAAUAAAAACAAAUGGAUAUAAAUGAACAGUCCAAGACUAAACUCAAAAUUGACCUGUCACUCAGGAAUCACAGUGUCCAUGACCCAAUAUUUGCAGCCCAGAGGCUGUUAGGCGAAUGGUGCAUUGCUAUAAGACAGACUUUGUAUUUAUGUAGAACUAAGAAUGUCCUCAGCACUGUAUUUACCAAAAUGUAAUCAAAUAUUUGGAAGCUACUUUGUCUACAUUAUCAUUGCAUUCACAGCAAUAAUCAGUGUCCUCUGUUAGAAGUAAUAAUUUUUCUAUUACACGGUUCUAAUUAUAGCUGCAAGAUUCUUAUGUAAUGUUGCAAGACAAAUGUUUCUUUGUCUUGUUAAAUAUGGCAGCCUAAGCCUUUACAAAGCAAAUAUCCUCUCAGUGUGCUUUUGACUUUGAUCACAAAGUUUUGUUUUACUGGACAACCUUUCUUUGUAAUCAUGUUGCACUCAAGGUCACAUAAACCAAAUUAUGUGAAUUGAACAAGAAUGUUGUCAAGUUACUUUGAAAGUACAAGCGAUGUACAGUAUAUCAUAAUAUAAAACUAUAAUAUGUAUGGUUUACACUCAUGCAAGACCAUGUAUUGUAUACAAGAGAUAUCCGUUGUGUGUAAUUUCAGUGUGAUGUAACUUGCUAUGGUAUGCUAUUACAAACAUAUUGUCUAUUGUAAGUAUACUACACAGGAUAUCCGAAUCUGCUGAGAAAAAAAUAUUCUACAUUUCAGGCUAUGCAACAAUUAACCUCCAGAAUAGUAUGCGAUUCAACUGUAUAUACAACUUUAAAUGGAAUGUAUGACUGUUGUAUCUUUUUUAAUUGCUUGUAUGUAACAGAACAACCCAGGUUGAGGACUGAGAUCACAGGCUGGACUUUGAAAAACAGGAACCUGUGGUAUGUUCAUGAAGUGAGAACUUUAUUUGGCAAUGGGAAGUUGAUUUUAUAGGAUGGUAAAAUGUUGAUGGACAAGUGCGUUACAGAGCACGGCACAAUGAAAAAGGGCACUGCAAACUUCCUGAACUUAAAACAGCGAAUUAUUUGGACUACCCACUCUCAACCAGUGUCAUCUACUCAGAGGUUGAACUUUAUCAACAACUUACAAGAAAACAGUUGUAUCAGGUCAGUGUCAAAUCAGAACGUUAGGGAACAUCAGAUCCUCUUCCAAAGACAUUUGCCCAAUUUGAAAUCCAAGAUUCAUGUGUAUCUUUGGUGCUUUGACUGUUGUGUCUAGAAGGAAACUGUUAAAACUAGAUAUACACUACAUUUUAUAUUGCUUGAAUACCCAUCUCUCUGAGAAUGUUACAGGAAACCUGCAGUAAUGGUCAUAAGAAGGUUAGACUGGUAUGAAAUGAAAAUUGUUUUUUGAAAAUGUGAUGUUAUAAUGAUUUGCUUCACACAGUUAGCUUUCUAAGAACCAUUCAGAAAAGAUUCUUCUUACCUACAAUUGUUAGCUGGGUACAUUUUAUCACGUUUACUGAUUGGGUCUGUGGGAAAUCACACAAUGUUGCCUUUAUGUAGCACAAACACACAAUAAAUUAUUAAUAUGACACAUCAAGGUGACAGUAUAAGCACACAAUAAAUCACUUGUGUAAAACUGAGGUGUGUGUUAAGAGAAAUAAAUAAUCAAUGUGACACGUAGCAAUAAAUAGUAACACAUUCAGGAAUCAGCUUAAACAGCUGGCAGAAAAAAAAGUGUGGUAAAUUUUAACAAUGUUGUAAAAAAAAGGGAAAUGAUUGUGAUAUUAUAUAUUACUAAUGUAAUUUAAAAAUGAGGGUUUUUAUUGGGCUAUUUUCAUUAGGCUAUUGUGCAUUACUUUCAAACAUAAAAGGAACAUACAUGAUAUUAAAUGUAGCAAAGUAAAUGGCUAAAUGAAGGAGAGCAGAUUAGGACAUGAAUGAGAAUUAGAAGUAGAAUUGGUAUUGCGAGUUGAGUUUCAGAUAGUCUAACACUUUACAUUAUAUAAUUACACCAUUAGAGAGUACUGUAACACAGAGUACUAUGUUUAGUAUGGCUGUGACAUGGGUUUUUGGCAGAAAAUAAUACUGCUAAGGUGCGGCUGCAGCACCCCCUUUGGUGUGGAAGAUGUCUUUAGAAAAAUUGAAUAAAGAUAUUGAAAUAAUCAAGAAUUUGGCAAAACUUAACUGAAGGUUACAAAGAUUCCCUUCAAAUGUUUUGCAUCAUAUUUGUACAAGUAACCUAUUUGUUAAAAAUGUUGUGUAUAUUUAAUUAAACACAAAUGCUGAAUAUAGUAGUGAAUGUGAAGGUAUGGUGAAAAUUGUUACACAAAGUUUUCCAAAUAAACUGUAACAUCACAAAUUUAGAGACUAGGAUCAAUUAUGACCAAGAAAUAGUAAACAUUUAUGACAUUUAAUUAAAGUAUGACCAAAUUAAAGAACAAAAAGACUCCUUAUAUUUUACCCACUUGUAAACAUUCUCUGGAUUUAAAAUUAUGAUACUUUAAUUAAACUAUUAUACAGUGUCACAUAAGGCCUAACUUGUGAAUGCAAAUGCAUGCAGACAUAAAUUUAAAACUUUCAAUCUCAGACUUGCUCUUCAAAUAAGAAUUUUUUUUAUCUGGGUUGAGUGGUUCUGAUUUUCCCCCUUAUAAACAACAUGACCAUGAUCCUCUUACUGUCCGGUUGUACUAGUGUGCACGCUGGUCACAUUAAAUGACAUUGUUGUGAGGCACAUUAAAAUCAGCAGAGAAAUUUCUCCAGCAGGAGCACUAGAGAGCAGAGGCCAAGCAUAGCAUCAUUCUCUUUAGGUGGUUGGCAAAGAAAUGGAUCCUUCUGUCACCCAGCAUGGUGAAGCAAAGAGUAGAGCAAAAGGUUUAAAUCUUGUGUGAUAAUAUCUCCUAAAACUCAACAGAAAAUAAAACCAGAGCACUCGAGAACUUGACUCAAUAUUCAUAAAAUUCAGUUUCUCCUUUUAAUAUCAUAACCAAACUAAUGGGAUGAGAGUUUUUUCAUGACAGACUAGUGCUAUUAAAUAGUAUGGAUAAAUUACAUUCAAUUAAUCAAGACAUUUCAUGGCAUUCACCAUGGAAGUGAUAUACCUGAAGAAGUACAUCCCAUAGAUUUUCAUUUUUGUGAAGUUCCUAUGUACACUGUAUAUAUAUUAUCUGAGAUGCUAAUUCUUAACUACAUGCAGGUCAUAAGAAUUAAUUUAUUUUUUUAAACCAAGCCCCAUUGAUGACUGUGUCUUUAGAACAGACACAUCAUCUCUUGUUUGUAUGGGUGUGUAGCAAUGAGUGGAUGCAGAGUAACUAAUUUCAUAAUCUAUAAAUUCUUGUGAAUUCCCAGCCUCUUGUAUUUCAGGGCAGGAUGUCGAGCUGCUUGCUCUGCCAGGCCCCGAUGGAGUUGGAUGAUGGGCAAUGA